AUGGGCAACUGCAUCAAGAAAGAAGCCUCGGCGAGCUGGGGCGGCGACGACUGGAGCUGUCUGACGACGACCCCCCAAUCGCCAUUCUCCGGCGAAACAGGCCGUGGAAAGAAGUGCAACAAGAACGACAACAAGAAGAAGACGGAAGAAACAGAACCAGCCGGCGGAGGGCCGAGACUGGUGAAGAUCAAGCUCAAGAGAAAGGAGCUGGAGGAGCUGCUGGGGAGGGCCGAGCUGCAGGGGAUGUCGGCGAAGGAGGUGGUGGAGCGGCUGAUGGGAGGCUGCGACGGGUAUAGCCGGAGCCACGAGACAAGCCGGCCUUGGAGGCCGGCCCUGCAGAGCAUUCCGGAGGUUAAUUGA